AUUUUUAGACUUAAAAUUGUUUACAUUUUGUUGCUUGACAAUUGAAAAACUUUCCAAUUUCUCCUAAAAGACACGCUACUAAGCUCUGUUUCCAACAAAACUUGCUAACAUUUAACGAAAGAAAUGCUUUUGCAUUCACGGUUAAGGUCGCAGAUUAUGUAAAUAACUGAUUAUCAUUUUAUGACGUAUAAAGUGGAUGCACGAGUUAAUCAACAGCUGCGAAUCUUUUUUUUUGCCAAAGAAUAGCUGAAAGCAUAGACUUGACACAUAUCUUCUUCUUUGUUGAUAUCAAAUUCUCGUUGAUAUUGAAACGUUAAUCGGAAUAUUAAAGGUUUUGCAUAUUUUUUGGUUUCGUGAAAGGAAAUUUCCGUGAAGAAUGAGCAAGGCUCUUUUGAAAGUUGUUGAAAAAUGUAUAAAAGAGAGAAGAUUGCGAAAUUUCUUAAUCAUUUGUGUUUAGGAAAUUGACAAGGAAUCAUUAUUAUAGAAAGGAAGCAAUAUGAAGUUUCUAGUGAUAUCUUGUGUGAUUAUAAAUUUCGUAUCAGCGUCGCCAUUCCUUAGUGGACUUUUAGGUGGUGGAGGAGGUUCAAGUAGUUCUGCAGCUAGUUCUUCAGAUAGCAGUUCAGGACUUUCAGCAGAUCCAAAUUCAGGAUUGGCGAUUGGAGGGCCAUCUUUAGGAGGAAGUGCUAGUGGAGGUGGUUUUCCCGGUGGAAAAAUUAUUGGAGAUGUUCUUGGAGUUAAAAUUGCUUUAUUAACAUUCUUGAAAAAUGCAGUUAGUCCAAAAGAAGAUCAAACUGCUGAAUUCGGAAGUUUUGAAAAUGAUGGUUCAUUUGGUGAGACCAGUUCUGGAGGAGCUGAAAUUUCUGGAUCAGGAUUAUCAAAUACAGGAUCACAAAUGUUUUCAGGAAAUAGUGGAUUCAGUCAAUUAUCAGGAGGAACUAGUGAAAUUUCUAGUGGAUCCGCACAAACUCAAAACUUUGGUUCUGGUAGUUCUGCUCAAGGAUAUAACUAUGAAAUGCCAAAAACAAAUCAAGGAUACAACUAUCAACCUCCAAGCACUGGCCAAGGAGUUUCUGGGGGAUUGAGCUCUGGAGGAUAUUCUUAUGAAAAACCAGUACCAUUUACAAAUGGAUUAUCAUCAAGUGGAUCAUCAUCAUUCACUGCUUCACAACAAGACAGUUCUGGUAUUUCAGAAUUCUCAAGCGGAUCAGCUACUGUAGAACAAAAUGAUAUAUCAAGUUCUGGAUUUUCAAGUGAUGGAUUUUCAACAUCAGGAGACUCAACUGAUGGAGAUUCUGAUUUUGAUUCAUUUGAUACACAACCAAGCACAAGCAGUAGUGGUGGUGGAUUAGGUUCACUGAUUCAAAUUCCCUUAAAACUUAUUUCCACGAAAGUCGGCUUAAUUCAAAGUUUAUUCGGAGGAGCUAACCGCCAAGAGUCUAGAAGAUUUUAUUUUUAAGAAUAGGAAAUUUAGUCAAUUAUUUUAUUUAAUAUAGUUAAACAUACUUUUCAAAUAAGAACAGAUAAAACUAAGUGUGAAAACCAAAAAAAAAAAUCAAUAUUCAUGUAUUAAAGAAGUGUAAAUAGUGUAAUAUU